UCAAGAAAUGGCAGACCAAUCAACAGAUAUCGAAAUAGUAAAAUUCAUUGAAAUUGUAAAAAGUAAUAAAAUUUUAUGGGAUUUAACAUAUCCCAAUCACAAAAACAUUAAAAAGAAAGCUCUAGUUUGGAAAAAUAUAUCCGAAGAACUUGGAUUAACACCCGAAAUUUGUAAGAAAAAAUGGAAAAGUUUAAGAGAUAGUUGUUUGCGUGAUAUUAAUAGAGAUAUAAUUAAAAAAACAAACUCUGGUGAUAGUACUGAAGAGCCAGAAGUCGCUUGGAAAUAUCGUGAACAUAUGGCAUUCAUAAGAGAACAUAGAAAAAGCAAAAUUCGACAAAUACCAUCAGCAGCUAAAAGACAAAAAGCCAAAGCACACAGCUGGAAUGAAGUUUCAAAAAAACCAAAUACCUCAACGGAAAUGGAGACUACAUUCCUGUCGACAAUGGAAUCCGUCCAGGAAUUCUUAAGCGUACCUCGCAAAAGUAAAUUAAACAAAACAUCGACUUCAGAUGAUGAAGAGGAUGAUUUCUUUUGCAAGUCGCUUGUGAAAAAGUUAAAAAAGUUUCCAAUAGCCGUGAAGAAUGAUGCAAAACUUGAAAUGCUUCGGUACUUGAAUAGUAUUGAAAAUGCGUUGCCUGUUGACGAUUAAAUAAGUUCAAUACUAUGUUUCCACCUCCCUAAAUUCGAGAUUUAGCGAAGUAAAUUUGGAAUAAAUCUGGAGAUUUAUUUUAAAUCUACUACGCUAAAUCUCGCAUUUAAGGUAAAAGGAAACAGUAUAUUUAAAGGUUUAAAUAUAUAUUUUUAUUUUUGUAAGAACAGUUUUAUAAUUCUUAAAUUAUAUUAAAAUUAAAACUAACUACCAUAA